AUGCCGACACGCGACGCGCGCGCGGGACGGGCCGAAACACGAACCCCUGAACCCCCCGACCGCGACGAACGCGAAGAAUCACCACCACGGCUACGACCCAAACGAGUCACCAGACCGCCGAAUAACUAUGCCCGGGAACAGGAAGAGGAAGCUACAAGAUAUGCGUUGGGCAGUCAAACUGAACGCCGAGGGAGAGGCAGACCAAAGACCCGCAAUGAAGCCGCAGCAGAGCGCGUUGACAGCUCAGAGGACGAAACAGAAACCGGCAACAGCAACCAGCAAACGACUGAACUGCUCGCAGAGUUAGUCAAGUUACGAAGAGAAAUCAAGAGAAGGGAUGAGACCCACAGAGAAGAAUUAAGGGAAGUAAAAACUCAGUUUACGGAAGCUCUUUCUGGAAUGCAACAGGAACUAGCGGAGCUGCGUAAUAGUUGGCCACAUCCCAAACCAACCAUGACGAGACACUUCGCGAAAUUCAAUCCCUACGUACCUCUAUAA